CGGCUGGGCUCCGGCCGCACCGCGGGGAGCCGAGGGACCGUCCCGCCGCAGCGGCGCGAGGACAACUGAGGCACCGGGCACGUGGACGGGGCGGAGCGCGCGACGAGCGUCGGCCUCGCGGUCCGCCGGCUCAGACGCGGCGCGGCGGGACGAGCCGGACACCCGAGCCGACCCGUCGUCGACACCCGGGACGAGCCGGACACCCGAGCCGACCCGUCGUCGACACCCGGGACGAGCCGGACACCCGAGCCGACCCGUCGUCGACACCCGCGCGCGACGCCCGUCGGCACAAGCCCGAAAUCCUCCGAGGCGAGGCGACGACGCGCAGAAUGAGAAACACGGGAAACCGCCCGAGGAAGGAAGACCGCGCUGGACCGGCCCGGCAGGGAGCAGACCAGGCGUCCAACAGCCAAGAGAAGCUCGGGGCCGAGAGGAGGACGUUUUUAAAAAUAAGGACGAAAUGGACAGAUUAAAACGAUGUGUGAGUAAAUGGUGAGCGUUGCGGACAGGCCCAGAACGUCCAAGACACACGCGUUGAAGAGGAAAACCCAGGGGACGGGCACAUUACGAGGAGCUACGGUUCUCAGGAGAUUACAUUUUUUUUCUUAAAACUGGGUAUUAUCAGAGCAGACCGAAAAUACGGAUCCUGAAUACCAGACACCAAAACGUAUUGUGAAAUGACCGGGUUUUAAAGACAAAGAAAAGUCUUUGGGGCAGGUAGCAAAGCGGGCGCACAACUUGCGACGGUAGGAGCCUCCCCAGCGCCAGGCUGCGGUCGGUCGUGGACACCAUUUCCCGCGGGAGGACCCAGGCAGGGCUUCCGCGCAGUGGCCGACGCUCAUUCUGGGCCAGAGAACGGGCCGGAAGAACCGGGGCGUCUCGGACCAGAGAGCACAGACGCUCUCAAAGCCGCGGUACAGGGGGCGGGCGGGUGUCAGAGGAGCGAGCGACUCUCGAUCUCGGGGUUGUGGGGUCCAGCCCUGCGCUGGGUGCAGAGAUUACUUAAAAAUAAAACCUUAAAAAAAAAGUACUUGGAACUGCCCUCAAGAAGCUCCCAUUAGCCAAGAGGAGAUCAUUUGACCUUAAAAAAAAAAAAAAAAAGACUAGCAGUAAGUUGCAGCCCACGUCCUGAGGAUGACAGGGAACCUGCUCGUCAUCCUCAAAACUGGGAUCAAGCCUCGUUCCUGCCCGUCUCCUGCGAACGCCACCUGGGAGUAAGUGUUCCAGCUCGUAAGGGAAACCAAACGGUAGAAAAACCAUUUUGCGUCCCCCACUGACGUGAGUGCUGGUGACAGCGAGCAUCAAAGCAGGCGGAGGUCCAGACACGGCGUCACAACGCCCCCCGCCGACCAAGGGUACUUGACACCAGCGCUGGUCCUGCCAAAGGACUAGAUCCUGAGCACAGUCGGGCCUCCGGGCCCUGCUGCCGAUCAGCCAGAAAUACAGGGUCUGAAGACGGGUGCCGAGCUGCUCCCCGAGGACGCCUGGCAGGCCACGGAGCCCGAUUCUGCAAGGAGGAGCGGAGCUGCGGACAGCGGCAGACCAGGUAAUCCGAGUCUGGAAAAUCCAAGCCUCAAGGUUAGUGCAGGAGGAGGCCCAUCUGCACGGUGAAACCACAAGGAAUGAAAGAAGUCGCUACAGGAGAAGUCAGCCUGCUGGGUCUGCGGCGAGCAAAGGGCCUUGGACUAGCUGGGGACCCGCCGGCUGGGGAUCGGGCUGUCUGCUCCAUAAUAAUUCACAAAGCCAUGUUUUUUGGGCAGCAAAGCAAAGUUUAUUGCAUGAUAACACAAAGCUCCCGAAGAAGGAGGGGCCCCGAGAGGCCUGCCCUAUAGUGAUGGAUUUUCCAACAUCGAAUCUGUCUCAUAUUCCGAGGGCGAACUGCACUUGGGAAUAUUUUUAACAGCUUCUGCCGGCCACCCCCCUCGUCCGUGUCCCCAUCGGUCCUGGAGGCCCUGACACUCUCCACUGCCAUGAAGUGUGCCCCCAAUGACGGCUGUUCCCUGCUCCUGCGCGUGCGGGCCUCCCUCGUGCUGCAUGAGAGCCUGCGGGGCCUGGAGGCCUGCUCCAUGAAUCUGGACACCCAGGAGACUCAGUGUCAGAGCGUGCGGGUCUCCAGAGCCUCCCGCCACCGGCAGGUGGGGUGGCAGCUGCAGGUGCAUUUUGAUUGCUUCGAAGUGAGCGUGGCUCAGAGCCUCUACGUCACCCUGAGGACCGUCCCCCACUUCUGCGGGGUCCAGCUAGACCAGCAGUACCAUGUGGAAGACUGCAGAGACGAGGACGUGGGGAGGAAUGUGCCCGUUUGCUUUGCCGGGAAGUUCUCCUACUGGGCGGACCGCAGCCGGAAGGUCAUUCUGGUCCAGGUGCCUGAGGCCCCCGGGGCCCCCGACUACUACGUGCGGCUCUGCCUGAAGUGGUUCACCUGCGACGAUGUGGGUGUCCCCGUGCGGGUGACAGAGAACCAGAUGUCCCGCACCGUCUCUCUGCCCUACAGCCAGGAGCUGCCAUGCCUGUGCCUUGAGGGCUGGUUUGCGACCCCUGACGCCGUGCGGAUGCAGGCCUGUCCCUUCGAAGAUGAGACGGAGGCCCUGUGGGAUGCUAUCCGCUACCACCCGGGGGACCGGGCACUGAGCUGGGAGCCUGCAUGUCCCGUGAGCGGCCACGUGAGCCUGUGCUGGCGCCCGGGGCCAGGGGCCCUCUGCCACAACCUGGAGCACUCUGGCCGGCCGGCGCACCGCAGGGUACAGUAUCCGUCCGUGGACACACAGCCCCGGCUCUGCCUGAAGUUCUCCACCAGCCGCAGCUCCUGGGUGCGAUGCCCUUUCCAAGAGGGACACUUCCAAGCCUGGAAGAUGACUGUCCGGCCAGCCGCCUCUCAGGGCCACCUCCGGGUCACCUUCUUCUCGCCCAGUGCCGCCCAUUUCCAGGUGCACCUGUGUCACCAAAGGAAGAAGUGGCCGCCUGCCUGCCGCCCAGGGCCCCGGGCCACGACCCACGCCCCAGCCUCAGUGAGCUGGAGUGACUUCGUGACUGACCUUGCGGUGGCCUUUGUGGACAUUCCCAGGGAAGAGGCUUGUGUCCCCAACACCUGCAUCCAGGGCUGGAGGACUGACGUGACUUUCUCCGCCCCCCACCAGCUGUGUGACCUGCAUUGCACCGCCACCCAGGGGACAGCAGACUGAGGCCACGAGCCUCAUCAGGCGCCAGCGAGUGCCCCGGCUGAGUACGGGGGCUCAGCGGAGGCCAGCCCCCACCCGAGCUCCCAGGCCUCUGGCAGAGAAAGCCAGGUGUCAGGACUUGGAGGUGGCUCAUGGGAGCCCAGGCUGUGGCGCCAGCCACCUUCUGGGUCCCCAGAGGCCCACAGCUCCCUGGGGGCCCUCAGGCCAGGCCCUGGGCUUUGGGUCGGUUGAAGGACUUCCAGCCCCUUCCUGAAGCCCCUUGCUGAAGGCCUACAGAAUGGCUGGGUGGGCCGCCCUCUUCCCAGAUGGCCUGGCCUCUGACUGCCCUGUCCCUGCUCAGUGCAGCCUCCCUCGGGAUCGCCUGUGGUCGUAGCCACCAUCCCUGGCCCGAGGAUCAGGGCCUGGCAGCUGCCUGAUGGCUGCCAGAGCUUUCCCAGGGCUCUGGAGAGCUAAGUGGGAGCCCACAUGCUCCACAGCUCCACUGGCCCAGGACCAGCUUCAGCUCCUGCCCUGAGCCCUUGCACACUGACCAGGGUCCCCAGGCCGGGCCACCCAACCCCCUGCACCAGCCCUCCCGGAGGUCAGUUCGCCCUCCACUCUCUGGCCCCCCGGCCUGGCCCAUCCAGGGAGGGCUCGCCACUUCCUGUGGCCUUAGGAGGUCCCUGCCAGGACGGGCAGUUCUCGGAAGUGUCCCACUCGCUGAUGGCCACUGCAGGGGGACCCUCGGCCCUGCAGUGGGGUCUCCACAGCCCAGGUCAGGGUCACCCGGAAGCUGGGCUGUCAGAUGUGCCCCACAGACUCUGGUGCCGCACCCAAGGACUACCAGGGUGCCCCCCUGAGCUGCGGUCAUCUGGAGGCCGGGCAUCCUCUGCACCUGACCUCCGCGCUCCCAGGGAUGGGCGCCCCCGGCCAGCCCCAUCUCCACAGCCGGCAAAUCCAGGGCCAGGCUCCGCUGUCCCCCCUGCCCUCUUCUGUCAAGGGGGCUGACACCCCCAGUGACCUAGGGGGUGGGCCAAGCCAGUGUGCCCCCCACCUUCAGUAAACACUUGUCCACUA